AUGAAUGGUUCAUUGCGAUCGCGUCCGGAAAAUCGGCGAGCAAAGCGAAAAGUGACUCGCCUUGUUCUAUGUGUCUUAGUCAUUUGGGCGUUUUGCUGGUUACCGCUGAAUGUCUGCUUCUUUUUCACUGGAUUGGCCUAUCCAGAGACAUUAGUUAUGAAAGGUGGUGUUAUAAUGGUGAUAGUUCAGAUCGCCAGCCAGGUGCUUGCAUAUACAAAUUCGUGCCUAAAUCCAAUUCUUUACGCUUUAAUGUCGGAAAACUUUAGAAAAGGCUUUAUUCGAGUAAUAUGCACUAUUGGAAGGAAACUUACAAUGAACAGAUUUUGUCAGGAAAAAGACAAACAAAUGCGGUUAGAGUUUACCACUUGUAACAACACACCAGUUAGCACGUCACUUCGACGAUUUCAAGCCACGUCGAAAACUACGGUUGGUUCUUGA